AUGAAGUUGCUUCUCUUCGCAUUGUCACUCGUGGCGCCGUCUCAGGCCGGCCUUCGUUUCGGAUGCUCAACGCUGAGUAUCCAGCGUCUCGACCCCGUCGUUGAGCCCGGCAAUGUUCCUUCAGGCCAUGUUCACCAAAUUGUUGGAGGCAAUGCGUUCAAUGCCACAAUGCAAGGUGAUAUCGGCGAGAAAGGCACAUGCACGACUUGUCCGUUCACCGAAGACUUCUCCAACUAUUGGACUGCUGUGCUAUACUUUAAGCACCAGAACGGCUCAUAUCAUCGCGUGCCCAUUUACCCUAAUGCUGUUAUAGGAGACGGAAUCACUUCCAUCCAGGGCGGUAUGACUAUCUACUAUACGCAACUUGACUUCAAUGGAAACGGUGAUCAGAAGAUCACCUCAUUCCAGCCGGGAUUCCGUAUGACAGUUGGUAGUCCGACAACGGACACCCUGGAUGGCGCCAAGAACCACACUGGUCUACGAUAUGUGUGCCUUGACAGCGCUUACACCAGAUUCCCAGAGCUUCCAGACUUCCCUGCUAGGGCAUGCAAAGGUGGUAUAAUGACGGUCCACCACUUCCCAUCAUGCUGGGAUGGAAAGAACCUCGACAGUCCAGAUCACCAAGCUCACAUGUACAACACAGUCAAAGAAGCCUUCCAGCCGGCCGACCCCUGCCCAGCUUCGCACCCCGUUCGCAUGCCGCAGCUUGCGUACGAAACACUUUGGAACACAACCAUGUUCAAAGAUAUGUGGCCCACCGACGGCUCGCAGCCGUUCGUCUGGAGCUACGACGAUAGCAAAGGCUAUGGAACCCACGGGGACUACAUGUUCGGCUGGAAGGGCGACUCUCUCCAGCGCGCCAUGGACUCUACUUGUAUGUUUCAAGAUUGUGGGGAGCCCAAUGGCCCUCUCAAAGUGCAGAGCACUGCGGAUCAAAACAAAUGUACUGUUCAGAACACGGUCACUGAGGAUACUCAAGGAUGGCUUGCGGAGCUUCCUGGUCGCAAAAUGAACAUGAGAAAGUAGACGGUUUUCUGGGCUGCAACGAUUGACAAGCUAGGCAUUGAAUGUUCUUGCAAGAUCAAUAAGCUGGAGCAUUCGAUACAUCUCUGAAUAUCCACCAUUGGAUCCUUUUAGAUUAUAAUCAGAGCUGGCAAUACACCCACUGCAAGAAUGAAAAUCUUUCCUCCUUCAUGGAAGAGUUUCAACGAGCAAUAUUGUUCUUCUGGAGAUUAUUCUCCUGAUAAUGCCGGAUAAUGGCCGUUUGCAAUACAGUCUUCACGAUGAACUGAAGUCCUAUGUACAUAAUUUUAAAGAUUCAGAGCCCGGUAAGCAUGAUAUGAUCAGUAUUCGAUAACCAGCGCAUUCGUCCAGAACUUUUCUAAGCCACGCCACUUCGGAAAGUGUUGUUGUCUGGUACCUGAUACCCCAAAGCAGCUA